AACUUCUGCUUUGCCCUCUCAACCUGCAACAUCGGGGACUACAACAUCAAUCCCAAUUUAUGCUUUGCCCUCACAACCUGCAACAUCGGGGACUACAACAUCAAGCCCAACUACUGCUGCAUCAAGCACUACCACUUCUUCAACACCUCUGUCCAGUAUGUCGCUAGAUAAUAACCCGAACUUUAGUUCUAAGGAACAGAAUCAAACUGAGAAUGCUGAGAAUGCAGCAUAUACCAUGAGUAAAAUUAAUAUUAUUGCGGAGUUAAUGGGCAAUAGGACCACAGCAAGCAUCACAAUUGGUAAAAUUCAAGGAGUGUUUGCUAAACUGACACAACAAAAUCAGAAUAACAAGAACUUUGUCUUCGCAUCAAAUGGAGAUGUAAAGAUUUUAUCAGAAAGCAACAAUUUGGCGACAGACUGCACUCUAUCAGUUCAUCUUCCAAAAGAAGCCAGUGAAAUGGCCGUAAAGAAAAAUGGCUCCUAUAUUGGAAUUUUGCUUUUUCCAGAAAUUCCUAAGAUCAACGCAACAAGUUAUUUUUUUAAUAAUCAAAUCCUGGGGAUUGAGAUGGGAGUGAACAUAUUUAACCUUUCAGAGACCAUCAAUAUUCAGUUCAGUAACGUGAAUAUGACUGGACGGAGUGUUUCUUGCGUUUCAUGGGAUGGGAGAAGUAACCAGCCAGGUGGUGCACACAACUGGAUUACAGAUGGCUGCAAAACAAUGGAAGUCAACAGCAGCGUCAUAUGCCAAUGCUCUCACCUUACCUUCUUUGCUCUUAUUAUGUCACCAGGGAAUAAAAAUAUUAGUUAUUCUGACUUGAAAACCCUGACCCAAAUCACAAAAGCUGGCUGUGGCAUAUCCUUAUUCUUCCUGGGUGUGACUCUCUUCAUGCAUUUUCUCGUAAGGAAAAAUAAAGCCAGUGAGGCUGUAAAGAUCCUCAUGAAUCUCUUUGUCGCCCUGUUCCUCCUGAACCUUUGCUUCUUGAUAAAUGAGUCAAUCGCGAAACUGAAGGUCUUAGCAGCUUGUGUGGUGAUGGCAGCGGCUCUGCACUACAGCAUGCUGGCCACAUUCACAUGGUUCUUCAUGCAGGCCUUGCACCUGUACUUCAAUCUACACCAGAUCUCCACAGACAUAAAAUAUUACAUAUGCAAGAUUUGCAUCGCGGGAUGGGUCAUUCCCGCUCUGAUUGUGAUUGGACUUCUUGCCUCUAGUAACUAUGGUAACGUGGAAAUUUCUGAUAAUAAUGGGACUUCAGUAAACAUGUGUUGGAUCCCUGACUCUACAUUACACUUAGGAGUGAACAUUGGUUACUAUGGAAUUGUGUUCAUCUUCACUCUAACCGUAUUCCUUGUAACUGUAGUGCAGAUCACUAAAUUUGCAUCUAAAGCAGACAACAGGGACAAAAUUUCUACCAAGAAAACGUUUUUCUCUCUUCUGGGUCUUUUCUGCCUUUUGGGCAUCAGCUGGGGAUUUGCUUUUUUCAGCUACGGCCCUCUGCUCCUUCCCUCCUACUACAUCUUUACCAUCCUCAACUCCUUUCAAGGAUUCUUCUUGUUCGUUUAUUACUACUACUCCAGCAGAAUUCGUCCAGAGGACAGAAAACUAUCCAAGAACAGCAGCCGCGCCACAGAGAAUAUGUACAUCACAUUUCCUUAUGCAUAAGCUCCUAAAUUUUCAAUGUUUUGUUUCUCUCACCAACAUGAACAUGGAAAUGUAUUAUGGCAAAAUUGAAAUCUAAUACCAAAAGUACUUCAGUUCAGGAUUUUUUGAGUUAAAAACCGGUUGAAUAUAUUAUUUUUAUUUUCUGCUGAUAACAAUAUUUUUCAAUCCAUAGAACUUUUCUGUAAACAUAACGGAUAUUUUAAUUCUCUGUGAACAUAAAUAUACCACAAGGACAUUACUACUUAAUAUGCUAUAUUUUGUACACUGGUCUUCAGUUAUGCUAAUACCAGCACCAUGGUUACUUGACUUCAAAAUCGAUUUUUAUUUUUCAAAGCCACAUGUUGGAAGUGAGCACAUGCAAACCCACACAAAUUCAGCUGCAGCGCUCCUUUCAAUCUAUCAAUGACCACAGAGGUUGUGAUCGUUUAAAUUGUGUAGCUUUGAAUAUUCCCCUUUUGUCUCUAUAGACUGUUGAAAGUAGAAGUUUAUUUAUUUUCUGCUAAAGCUAAAAUAUCAGACUUAGACAAGUUUAAAAUGAGAUAAUUGAAUUGGAAGUCUGAAAAAAUCACAACUCUUUCCACUCUCCCUCCUCAUCACUCUGAUGCUGGGGAUAAAUUUUUAACCUUUUACCUGCGGCGGAAACAAAGUGGGGCAAAUAACUGCUCUGGAAAACUAUCCUGGUUCCAGGAAAAUGUCCUAGUGGACCUUCAAACACCUUUUUGGUUAUAUAAGAUUUGUGAGAUUGUUUGGACACUAGAGGGUAGCAUUUUACUGUUGAGACAACUUUCUCUGCUUUGCAUGCAACAUAAAAAGUCUACGGUCCUCAGCUGCUGCUGAUCUGGUUCAUCUUCCCUCAGAUGAAGAGAUGGAGAACUCUUCUGCAAGUCAUUAGUCUGGAUGACUCCAUGUUUCAAUGAAAGUCUUGCCUUACUUUCUAUAUGAACCCCAAAGCUUCAGUGGAAUGCAAAGUGAGAAUGAUUAGUAAGAUAAAUAUGACCAUUUUACAACUGGUGAGCAUGUCAAAUGAGAGGAAGAUGGUAAAGCACAAGGUUGGGGGGUGAGGGAAGCUGGAGGGGUGUGCAUAGAGUCGGGGGGCCAACCUCAAAUCGGUUAGUCUGUUGCGUGCCUGCAGAUAAUUACCUUGAGCCGACAGAGCAGCUUCCACUGGCUGACAAGAAAUGACCUCAUCGUUACCUGCAGGAACAACAUCCCUUAGAGCACGUUAUUCACUUGAAACCAUUUGCCAAAAUUUAACUCUGUUAGGUGAAUCCAUCUUUAAGCAAUAUUUGAAUACUGAAACUGGAUCCUUUUAAACCAGAACAUUUACAUAAUAUGGCAACAAAAACAAGAAAGAAAAAUAGAACUAGAGGCGUCAGGUUAUUUAUCUCAUCUUUGUUAAAAUGUUUUUUAUUUGCUGUCAAUGUAACAAUAGCUACAUUUAUACUAUAUAUAUAGAGAGAUAUAUAUUCUUCAGCAAAACCUUUGCAUAUUGCAGCAGGUAAUGCAUAAUUUACACUUUUCUUCAAGAGAUUCAAAACAGCUUGUAUUGCCACAAAGAUACGCACAUCCAAAAAUUCACUAUAGUGGGUUAUGGGCCAAAGAUGUCAAAAGUGGAAAUAAGAGAGAUAGAACUUCACAUCAAGUAAAGCUCCAAUGUUAAUAUAUUAUAUUUCACUUUGAUGACAACUUACAUGUAUUUAUAUUAUUUUUCUGCUGCUGUAAUUGUUGGAGCAUGUAUUGUCAUUAUUAAGUUAGAUUGAUUUUUACUUUUUUAAGACUCAAUCAGAAAGGUGUAACUCAGAUAUUCAAGGAUGGUGUUUAUGAUGCUUUAUUGUCCGACCAUCUUCUUUGUUUUUACAUUAAUUAUGUAUACAUGCAGUUGUGAUAUAUAUUUUGACUUAAUGUCCUUUUUGUUUUUAUUUGUAAAGAUUUGCUUUUUGUAAAAAUGGAUUAGAUUUUCUCUCUUUUUCACAGGACAAAGUCUCAGAUUUUACAUAUUUUACAUUUAUGUCAAAUCUUUUAUAAACACACACUAUGCAGAAUAAAUGUCAUGUAAUAAAAUGUGAUUUCCUUAAGUAGAAAAUUGCACUUUUAAGUUGUAUUCAAUGUGUAGGAGAGACAUUCAUGAAAGAUUUAUUUAUCUAUGACUGGUUAAUCUUGUAAAUGACCAUGGCGUGUCAGAGAAAAACUAGGGUAAUUACUGCCAUGCACAUGUGAUUUGUGCUGCUCUAAAUGAGGCUUUAGAGAGAGCACAGCAGGCGUCUGUGGUGUACCUGCGUGUGUCCAUACGUCGAGACCUCGGCUGUAAACCGAGACUGCCGUGCAAGCUUAGAUUACAAAUCAAAGCCCUGUGGUAAAACAUAUAUGUCAACAAAUGCAUCAAUAUCAGAAGAAGCAGACGGUUGACGUGGCAAAAAAGAAAUGAACUGCUUUUCACUCAGCCUAGAAAUCAGUAAAAGUUCUCACACACAUUUGGAAUGUGGUUUUAUUGGGGGGGUUUCAGAUCAAUUCAUCUCUAAGAAAAAUCUGAAAGGGCGCCCGCAUCUGGGAACGUCAGUUUAGAUGAUUUCAUAAUAAGGCUAGUGAGGAAUGUACAAUAUUCACGCAAGGCCAUAAAAGUUUUACAAGAGUGAAAAUGUGGCUGCGAGAAUGAAGUUUUAGCAUGUGUAGAUGAGUUUCCCUUAGUGGAGCGAAACUGAGCAAACACUUAUAAUUACUCUAAGUCCCAAACCACAGACGUAGUUUUGAGAAAACUUGUACGCAUCUCCAGAUUUUAUGACACGCCAAGAAAGACACACACAGUAAAAGAACAGUGCCUCGUAAAACUAUUGACACCUCACAUAUUUCAUAAGAAUUGUGUGUGAUAGAGCAAUAUAAAACUGCACAAUUAUGAAAUGGAAGGGAAAUUAUUCCACACUUUAGUUGUUCCAAAUAAAAAUUUAAGAUGUGAUCUGCAUUUGUGUUUUCCCCUUUUAACAAAAUAUCCCUUAAUAAAAUUAAUUGUAGUCCUUUAAAA